AUGCCUCCAGCUACUGGCGCGGAUACCAUCCGCAUUCUUGUGGCGACGGACAGCCAUGUAGGCUACAACGAACGCGAUGCGGUUCGUGGAGAUGACAGCUGGAAGAGCUUCCACGAAGUAAUGUGCCUCGCAAAAGAGCAGGAUGUAGAUAUGGUAUUGCUGGCUGGAGACUUGUUCCAUGAUAACAAGCCCUCGCGGAAGUCUAUGUAUCAGGUCAUGCGGUCUCUGCGGAUGAACUGCUUCGGCGAGAAGCCGUGUGAGCUGGAAAUGCUCAGCGAUGCCAGCGAGAACUUUCAAGGUGCAUUCAAUCAUGUCAAUUACGAAGAUCCAGACAUCAACGUAGCAAUACCGGUCUUCUCAAUACAUGGCAACCAUGACGAUCCUACAGGAGAGGGCCAUCUUGCUGCACUCGACCUCUUGCAGAUAUCUGGCUUGCUGAACUACUAUGGAAGAACCCCUGAGUCAGAUAGCAUUGCUGUCAAACCCGUCCUGCUUCAAAAGGGGAGCACAAAGCUUGCUCUCUAUGGAAUGAGCAACGUGCGAGAUGAGAGACUGUUCCGCACAUUCCGGGACGGGAAUGUAAAGUUCUUCCAACCUGGCACUCAGAAAGAUGACUGGUUCAAUCUCAUGAGCGUGCAUCAGAACCACCAUGCAUAUACCGAAACUGGUUACUUGCCAGAAAACUUCCUUCCGGAGUUUAUGGAUCUGGUAGUGUGGGGCCACGAACACGAAUGCUUGAUUGAGCCUCGAUAUAACCCAGAAAUGGGUUUCCAUGUCAUGCAACCAGGCUCGUCGGUAGCUACCUCCCUUAUGCCGGGCGAAGCGGUUCCAAAACAGGUUGCUAUAGUCAGCAUCACUGGCAAGGAGUUCAAGUGUGAACCAAUCCGACUGAAGACAGUCCGUCCUUUCGUGAUGAAAGAGAUCGUUCUGUCCGAGGAGAGAGCGUUGAAGGACGUGUGGAGGAAUGACAACAAUCGAACUGUCAUUACCCGGCAUUUGAUAGAGAUUGUCGAAAAGUUAAUUGCAGAUGCAAAGACCGAGUGGCUCGCGUACCAAGAUGAGGAGGAGGAUGAAGAGAUAGUAGCACCAUUGCCGCUUAUACGUCUGCGCGUGGAAUACACAGCGCCUGAGGGAGGCCGAUAUGAUUGCGAGAAUCCUCAACGUUUUUCAAACCGAUUCCAAGACAAAGUUGCGAAUGUCAGCGACGUCAUUCAGUUCUAUCGCAAGAAAGCAACAGCUAGACGAACGGCCAAUGCUAAUGCGGAAUUGCCCGAGGAAUCCAUUCUUGCUCAGUUAUCGAUUGACACAGUCAAGGUCGAGAAGCUGGUGCGCGAAUUCCUCACCGCGCAGUCUCUUACCAUCCUGCCUCAGAACUCCUUUGGAGAUGCUGUCAGCCAAUUUGUUGAUAAAGACGAUAAACAUGCAAUGGAGAUGUUCGUGAAUGAGAGCUUGGCGAAUCAGGUCAAGCAUUUACUCGAGUCAAACGACAUCGAGGAGGAUGAGAUCGUCGAUGAGUUGCAACGCCAAAAGUCAAAGCUAGAAGAGCUGUUCUCUGCUGGGCUUUUGAAGAAGACUACGCAGAGGAAAGCUAAACUAAAGCCGAAGCCCGACACUUGGGACACCGACCUCGACGGGGACUGGGCGGAUCAACCGGGAGCCCUCAUCCACACGGACGGAGAGGCUGAAGAUGACGAAGACAACGAUACUGCCAUCGCUCCUGCAAAGAAACCCGCUGCUCGCGGACGGGGCAAAACGGCUGUGACUACUCGCAAGACAGCUACGGCAGCACCUAAGAAAGCUCCAGCUCCUCGGGCUGGACGAGGCAAGAAGAAAGUUAUCGAGGAUGAUGAAGUUGAAGAGGACGAUGACGUGAUCAUGAUUGAUGAGGAUGACGAAGAAGAGGAUGAGGAGGACAGUCUCUUCGUGAAGCCUGCUAAAGCCCAGGCAAAGAAGCCUGUAGCUAAGACUACAACCAAAGCCGCUCCCAAAGCACCGGCGAAGAAGGCGCCCGCUCGCAGCUCGAGGCAGGCAACAAUAGACUUCUCUCAGGCCGGGACACAGCGAAGCCAAACGAACGGCAGGAGUAAAAAAGCCGUAGAGCCGAGCGACGAUGAGAUCUCCGAUGACAACGACGCAUUUGAGACGUUGCCGCCGACGAGGGGCACACGCAGCAGAAGAUGA